AAGCAAUGGUGAGUUCUGAAGAAGUUCAAGUGAUAAUGGUGAGCCUAGCCCUGCAAGGUCACAUGAACCCCAUGUUGAAGCUGGCCAAAGUGCUUGUAUCAAAGGGGGUUCAUGUCACCCUUGCCACCAACGAUGUUGCACGUAAGCGCAUGCUGGACUCUAAUAUCUCCACCAACUUCAUCUCCAAGAACAGCCCCGGUCGUCUCACUCUUGAGUUCUUCUCCGACGGUCUUAGCCACGAGUUCGAUCGCGAUAAGGACACCGGGACGUUCCUCGCCUCACUUAAGGCAAACGGACCCACGAAUGUCUCGAAUCUCAUUACUGAUCUCAAGGCUAACGGCAAUCAAUUCUCAUGCCUUAUUACCAGCCCUUUUAUCCCUUGGGUGCCAGGAGUUGCCACUGAACAUGGGAUCCCUUGUGGUGUACUUUGGAUCCAAUCUUCAACUGUUUUCUCCAUUUAUUAUCAUUGUAUUAAGAGUCCAAACUUGUUUCCCAGCUUGGAAAACCCUAAUGGGAUUGCAAAACUUCCUGGAAUGCAAGAGCUCACAGUAGGUGAUCUUCCGACUUUCAUGUUACCUAUUAGCCCUCCACAUUUCCGGCUAUGGGUCACCGAAUUCGUUUCAGUUUUGAAUAAGGUAAAAUGGGUUUUAGGGAAUUCGGUUCAUGAACUUGAAGAGGAGACUGUGAACUCUUUGGCAUUGGUUAGACCGAUUUAUCCGAUUGGUCCAUUGGUGUCACCCAUCCUACUAGGAAAGGAAGAAACAAUUGAAGGAAGUGUUGAUAUGUGGAGAGCACAGGAUUAUUGCAUCGAAUGGCUCAAGAAGCAAGAGUCGUCCUCGGUGAUCUACAUCUCAUUCGGUAGCAUCAUUAUGUCAUCAGAGAAUCAAAUUCAUAGCAUCGCCACGGCAUUGAAGAACAUCAAAAGACCAUUCCUCUGGGUCGUUAAAGCAUCAAACUCGAGAAAAGACGAGUUCCCUAGCGGAUUUUUGGAAGAGAUCAAAAAGGAGAAAUGGGGCCUCGUUGUUUCAUGGUGCCCUCAAGAGAAAGUGUUGAUGAACCGAGCAGUGGCUUGUUUCGUGACACAUUGCGGAUGGAAUUCGACGCUGGAAACCGUGGUGGCCGGCGUGCCGGUAGUCGCGUAUCCGGAGUGGACGGAUCAACCGACGAAUUCAAAGCUGCUGGUUGAUUUUUUCAAGAUUGGCGUGAGGAUGAGGAACUGUGGAGAAGAGGGACUGAACGUGGAAGAGGUUGAGAGGUGUAUUAUGGAGGUGAUUGAUGGACCAGGAGCCAUGGAGAUGAAAAGAAGGGCAAUGGAGUUGAAAGAGGCUGCUAAGAAAGCACUGGAAGAUGGUGGUUCUUCUAAUCGGAACUUUGAUAGAUUUAUCUCUGAAAUCACCGGAAAACCAUACAUCAAUAACGUUUGAUCCAUG